CACAUUCCUCACUGGUCGUUUACUCAAAAAAAAAAAAAAUGGCAGAUGUAGUAGUGAUCUCAGAGACCAUUGUUCAACCAGAGAGCAACGAGGAUGUAUCUGAUCGGGUUAAGAUCCAUCUCACUCCAUUUGAUCUCUUCUUGCUUAAAACCGAGUACGUACAAAGAGGUCUUAUCUUUCCGCAACCAGACCCGGAAACCAACAUAAUCUCUCACCUGAAGUCCUCUCUGUCCGUGGCUUUGAAGAUAUUCUACCCCUUAGCUGGACGUCUAGUCAAGAAGGACUACGAAGAUGACGAAACGGCGUCGUUUUACAUAGACUGCGAUGGUUCAGGGAUCAGAUUCAUACAUGCUUCGGCAGCAACUGUAUCGGUGAAUGAUGUUUUAGAUCCGGCCAAGGCUGCUGUCCCUGAUUUCUGGAAUGCGUUUUUCCCGGCUAACGGAGUUAAAAGCUGGGAAGGGGUCUCGCAGUCGUUGAUUGCGUUCCAAGUAACGGAGCUACGAGACGGAGUUUUCAUCGGAUAUUGUAAUAACCAUGUGGUUGUAGACGGAACAUCAAUGUAUAGUUUCUUGAGAACAUUGACGGAGAUUUGCACUACCGCCCGGAAAACGUUUCCUCCUUUGCGUCUAUGUGGGUGGUUUCUUGACGGGGUUGACUAUCCAAUUCGAGUUCCGGUCUCGGAGAUUGUAUCCUCCUCCUCACCUGGUGAAGAAGUUGUUUCUCCCGAUUUGCAGAAGAGCAUCUUUCGGCUCACGAGUAGAAACAUCUCUGAGCUCAAAGAGAAAGUCAAGGAUGAGGUUGUUGGUUCUCAUGAUGAGGAUCUGAAAAUCUCUUCGCUUCAAGCCGUUGUGGCGCAUAUGUGGCGAUCAAUAAUCAGAAACAGUGGUCUCAAUCCUGAAGAGGUGAUUCAUUGCAAGUUAGGAAUGGAUAUCAGACAGAGGCUAAACCCUCCGCUCGAGAAAGAGUGUUUUGGAAACAUGGUCGGAAUGGCGCUGACCACCACAACCGCCGGAGAAAUGCUUGACAACGGACUGGGUUGGGCUGCUUUGCAGCUAAACAAAACUGUGAGGUCGCAAACGAGUGAAGUAAUCAAACGUUUUGCUGAGAAUUGGGCGAAGAACCCGAAAAUACCGAAUCAUUUGGUGGAGAAUAAUUCGCUUGUUGUUGGUAGCUCUCCACGGUUCAAUGUGUUUGGAAGCGAUUUUGGUUGGGGUAAACCGAUUGCGAUUCGAGGUGGACCGGGAAUUUCUGGUCAUGGUAAAAUCCUUGUUUACCCGGGAACUGAACUAGGAAGCAUGGAGAUUCAUACGUUUUUAUGGUCUCACGUUUUGGAGAAAUUAUUGGCCGAUGCAGAGUUCUUACAGCAUGUCGUUCGUCUGUUUUAAUCCAAAUCAACUCUAAAUGUACACUUCUGCGGAUCCCUCACUCUCCUCCAAUUGUCAUCCAGCGGAUCACUCGGGACAUCAAGAUUUUAUCUUCAUCCUUCUCUGUUAUUUCCUUUGUUUUAUUUUUCUGCACUCUAAAUUUUAUGGCUGAUUCGUUGGCCAAGGCAGUAUUGUAUUCAAGCCAGUUUUGGCUUUGGGUUUGCGUCUUUAUAAUAUGUGGUAUUCAAAAAAUAUGUACACUUCUGCAGUCUGUGUGUAAAAGAAAUAAGAAAAUAUCGUUUUCUGUGUGAUAA